AUGACAUCAAUCAUCUUUGGAGCGACAUCAUCACCGUGCACAGCAUUAUACAUCAAAAAUAAAAAUGCUGAAGAACAUGCAGAAGCAUACCCAGAAGCUGCGGUCACCAUAGAAAGAAAUCACUAUAUGGACGACUACUUGCAGAGCUUCCACUCUGUCACGGAAGCUCAGCAAACGGUAAAAGCAGUCGAUCACGUCCACAAACAAGCGGGAUUCGUACUCAGCGGGUGGACAUCGAACGAAGCGAAAACAAUAGAAGAAAUAACGACAGAACAUAAACAACACGACGCGACCGUGAGCCUGGGCGGAAAAGAAACUGAGAAGACGCUCGGCCUGCUCUGGCAUGUACAAAGCGAUCAUAUUGGAUUUAAUACUCACAAUAUGAAGAUGCCUGCCGACGUAAAAGAAAAACAACGCUUGCCAACUAAACGUGAAGCGUUGAGCAUCAUAAUGGCAUUAAUUGAUCCGCUGGGAUUAAUAUCACCAGUGACCACCCCAGCGAAGAGAAUAUUCCAAGACACAUGGCGUUACAAGGCGGACAGGGACGACCCUCUGCCCACGGAAUUAAAAGAAAAAUGGGAAGACUGGAUUACUUCACUUAACGCCAUAGAACAACUGAGAAUAUGGCGAUGCUACGAUUACAACCCGGUGUCGACGCGCCAACUACACACAUUCGUCGACGCAAGCGAGGAGGCCUACGCAGCAGCCGUGUAUUAG